AGCAGACGAAACUUGGCCUUUGAAGCGAGUAGACGUGAUAAAGUUCUCUCUCGAUCCCGUAUUCAGAGGUGACACACAAAAAUGAUUGACAGAGUUGAAACUUCCAGCGAUCGAGUUCGCAAUAAGACCUCGCAGAAUGGAGUUAUUCAACCGCUCCUCACAGAUUUGUAUCAAAUCAACAUGGCUUAUGCCCACUGGAAGUCAGAAAAACGUGAAGACAGGGCUGUGUUUGAUCUCUUUUUUCGCAAGAAUCCAUUCAGCGGAGAAUUCACCAUAUUUGCAGGCUUGGAGGAAUGCUUGAAAUUUCUUGAAAAUUUUCGGUAUUCUGAAUCAGAUAUUGAAUACCUGAAACAGAUCAUGCCAGACACAGUUGAGUCAGAAUUCUUUGACUUUUUGGGAAAUUUGAGUGCAAAUGAUGUCAAGUUGUAUGCCAUUGAUGAAGGGAAAGUUGUAUUUCCAAGAGUUCCACUGCUGGUGCUGGAAGGACCUCUGAUUGUUAUCCAGCUUCUUGAGACGACACUCCUCACUCUUGUUAACUAUGCAAGUCUUGUUGCCACAAAUGCAGCAAGGUAUAGGAUGGCUGCAGGCAGGAGGAUAAAAUUAUUGGAGUUUGGCUUGAGAAGGGCACAGGGACCAGAUGGCGGUCUUUCAGCAUCAAAAUAUGCAUAUGUUGGUGGCUUCGAUGGAACCAGUAAUGUGUUAGCUGGUAAGCUGUACAACAUACCAGUGAAGGGGACUCAUGCUCAUUCCUAUAUUUCCUCGUACUCCAGUUUAAAUGAUCUGAAGCAUGAGACUCUAAAACACAGUGAAACUGGUGCAGAGAUGAACUUGAAAGAUGUGUCUCUGGCUUGGAGAAGCUUGUUAGCUGAGAAGUUACACCUAAUACACUCAGAAGCAUCAGAUGGGGAACUGGCAGCCUUUAUAUCUUAUGCCAUUGCAUUUCCGUCUGGGUUUAUUGCUCUCAUUGACACUUAUGAUGUUCUUAAGAGCGGAAUCCUAAAUUUCUGUGCAGUUGCUUUGGGCCUUAAUGAUCUGGGAUACAGAGCUAUUGGCAUAAGAAUUGAUUCCGGUGAUCUUGCAUAUCUCAGCUGUAAAGCAAGAUCAACAUUUGCUGCAGUUUCCCAAGACUUUGAACUGGAGUGGUUUGAACACCUUCAGAUUGUUGCCAGCAAUGACAUCAAUGAAGACACCAUCAUCAGUCUCAAUGAACAGGGUCACAAGAUUGACAGUUUCGGCAUUGGAACGCAUUUAGUGACGUGUCAGAGACAGCCGGCACUUGGAUGCGUUUUCAAAUUGGUAGAGAUUAAUGGCACACCGAAGAUCAAGCUGUCCCAGGAUGUUGAGAAAGUUACCAUUCCAGGGAAGAAGUCUGUUUAUCGGCUCUACGGUGCUGACGGUCAUGCAUUGAUUGACCUGAUGCAGCGCACAGAAGAGCCUGCACCACAGUCCGAAACAAGAGUGCUGUGUCGUCAUCCAUUCCAGGAGAGCAAGCGUGCAUACGUUUGCCCUGCUAAAGUUGAGUCUUUGUUUAAGCUUUACUGGAAAGACGGAGAACUUCAGCAAGACAUGCCCACGUUGGAAGAAGUUAGAGAGAGGGUGCAGGAGUCCCUACAGACGUUGAGGCAGGACCACAAACGCAACCUGAACCCAACUCCCUAUAAGGUUGGAGUUACAGAUGAGCUGUACAACUUCAUACAUGACUUGUGGCUACAGAAUGCCCCUAUUGGUGAGCUCUUUUAAAAUACCUUGACAUGCAAGAGAUGUGUUGUGGAAAACUGUUCUUGGUAUUUUUAGGAAGAGAUAAGAUGCAGUUGAAAAGUCAAGGAAAAUUGCUUGAACAGUGAAAGCACAAUAUAUAAAUACACAAAACCUCUGCAUGGAAUCAUGGUGGCUUUUUUCUUGCAUUUAAGGCAAAGAUGGCCAGCCUUUUCACUUCAGAACCGCCCUGAACCAUUUUCCAUACUAUGCGCAACCACUUCUUGUAGAAUAUUAAAGCAGAAAGGAAAAUUUAAGAUUUAACAGUGGUGUGUUACUUGUUUUUGUAGGGACUAGUGUUGUUGUUUUAUUGGGCCUUAAAAACACUAUCAGUUUACUGAUAAAUUUUAAAUCAUUUCUAUAUUACAUAUUUUAUUUUCUCAUGGGGCCUGGUCAGGAAUCACUGGUCAAAGAGUUCAAGGUGUUAUUAAAACCUUGGAAGGAAUGGUGUGUUUGAGUGUCCAUGGGAUCUUCCUUCAAGUGUGAAGGCUUGUGGUAGUUCAUUAACUUUUAAAUUGAUCUCUGAGGUUGGAAGGAUCAUUUUAUUGACUUAAUUAUUGAUUUUAUAUUGGGGGGGGGGGGGGGGGGAGGGACUUUGUUUUACUUUAAUGAAAGGACAUUUGUACAAAACCCAUGACUGUCGCAACAAAACCACACACAUUAUGUGUUGAUCUUAUGUGAAAGAAGAGAACAAGGGAAUUAAGUGUAGGUGAGUGGAAUCCUCCUGUGCAUGUAGAUCUUUGAAUAAGCAUUAAGCAACAUGUAAGGAAGAGAGAGAGGAAGAUGAAGAAAGCUUUUGGUGACACACAAUUAGGGCUUAUGAAUAAGAGACAUUUAGUUAGUUGUUCAUUGUGUAUUUUAUUAUAAAAAUCUUAAGUGCACUUUGUUACUUUAUGAUAGUGAUGAAAGAAAAUUGUACAUGUAUGUUUGCUUUUGUAUAGAGUACAUUGAAUGCAUGUGAACUGUUCUUUGGAGGAGGAAGAAUUCAGAUUUUUAUUGGAAAAUUGUAUCAAGUUGACAGUCAGUAUCACAUUGAUAAGUUUGUCAUGAAUAUAAACCAUAGAAGAUAUGGAAGAAAUAAAGGUUGUUGUUUUGUAACAUGUAUGGAUAUAAUAAACAAAAAAUGAGAGAGGAAAAACAAAUAUUUGGAAACAGUUUAAGGAUCCAGAUAUAUACUAAAGAAAGUCAUUUGCAUAAACAGAAAAAAAAGUAAGGCCUAAUUCAUAAAAUCUUAGUUGUAAAGUUCUUGAAAUCAUUAAUAGAUCAGAAAAUGUGUGAUUUUCUUGUAAAUAUUACUUUAAAAAACAGAAGGAUCACAGGUGAUAUGCACAACAGUUAUUCUUAUAAAAUGCAUAAAUAAAUGUCAAUAAAUGUCACUUAGUAUGAAGAUCAAGCUGUAAAAUUCUACAAUAAUAUUUACUCUCGAACAUUCAGCAACAAAUGAUUUUUUGAUAUCAAUUUUUAUAUUCAUGGAAAAAAAACUUAGUCCUAAAAUAGUUGCUUUCACGUCAGUUUGUAAGUUUUUCUUUUCAUCUCACAGGUUAUAUUUAAGUUGACGUAUGAGGAAGGAAGGUAAUUACCAAAGCCAUGAUGUAAUUACUCAUUAACUGUAGCUGUGUUUUGAAAAGUAAGUCACUAUCACUUCUUGAACACUGUCGAGUUGGUAAGAGUAUCCAGGUAGUGGGAACAUGGUCAUUUAUGUCUGUCAUGGGUGUGUGUGUCCUCUUUCUCUAUACUUGAUAAUGUACUCCAUACAAUCACAUUAUUACAAGGAUACCCAGUGACUAGACUACUGGUAAUUUAGUAUGUCGUGUGUGUGUGGAUAGCAAAAGUUUCCCUAUAAUACUGUUAAGUCUUAAUGUGAAUAUACUUGUUAUAAUGAUGAGUUCUAAAUUUUUGUGUGGUGCUGAAUUGGUGAGCAAAAAGGAAUUUCAAAUUUAUAAUGUGAAUGUUAUUUGACGAUUCUUUUUCCUUGUGAACUAUGGGCAAAAAAAGUGUAUGUGAAUUUAUGUGGGUUACAUAGUAUUUUGAGUGUAAUUGAGGGAAACUCUUUUAAUGAUUUUAUUCUUGUUUACAAAUGCUUUCUUGGUAAAGAUUUGAAUUAGUAGAGACAUAAAUGAGAAAUACUGAAGCUGUUGCAUAGUUUUUUUUUUUUUUUUUUUUUUUUUUUUUUUUUUUUUUGCACUUACUAGUU